GAGAAUGAUACAUUCUGGAACUACUACUACAAACUGACCUACGGUUCUGCCUGCACAGAGAAAUCUAAAAUUAUAGCAAGGGAUAUUGUUGCAUCAAAUGGAGACAUACAUUUAAUAAGUGAUGUAAUGGGACUGAAGGAUAAUCAGUUUGAAGACAGCAAGGAAACUGUUAUGGAUCUGAUCAAACAUCAGCCUGAUUACAGUACAAUGUACUCAAUGAUUAGGGCUGCCAACCUUUCUGAGAUGUUCUCCCAGCCAAACAUCACAGUGCUGAUCACCAACAACAGAGCUUGGACCACAUUGUCUCUGCAUGAUCAAAACUACUUGGCUACUGAUAAAGAUGGACUAGCAAAGCUGGCCGUGAUUUUAAAACUUCAUAUUUUCCCUGGUGUCAUUGAUGUCACUGACCUGAUCAACUUACAGACUAUGAAAUCAUUUGCAAAUAUUCAGUUCAAAGUUCACGUCUCGCUACAGGGUCAGAUACAACUAAAUUCUGAUGUCAAUAUAAUCAGGGCUAACAUUCCAAUCCGUUCUGGUUUGUGUCAUCAAGUGGAUAAAGUCACAGUCCCAUCAUACUUAAAACCUUUCAUGACAAACAUCUGUGAAGCCAACGAAAAAGAACUUGUUGAUGGACCUUGUAUUUUAUGUGGCGCCAGAUUGCCCUGUCCUUGGUCUACAGAUAAACCAACAGUAAGACUUUU